ACAAACCCUAAAUAAAUAAAUAAACCCGGCCCCCACCUAUUUUUUUUUUUAGCUUUUUUUUUUAAACUAUUUUCUUUCUUCUUCUGUUUAUACAACACAAAUGCUUAAAAACUCAUCUUGGAAGCUUGACGAAACGAACUUGGCUAACUUUGGUUCUGACCUUGAAAGAGAACACCGUAAAGAGGAAGGCGCCCUUGAGACUGCCUGGAAUUAUGACGAUUCGCCUAUCGGUCACCAAGUUGGCAUGUGGAUUUGGCGUGUGCAAGAUUUCAAUUUAACUACUGUUCCUACUAACCAAUAUGGCCACUUCUAUCAAGGUGAUAGUUAUAUCGUUUUAAAGACUACACAAAAGGAAAAUUCAGAUGGCUUAAUCCACAAUAUUCAUUUCUGGCUUGGUUUAGAGACUAGCCAAGAUGAGGCUGGUACAGCUGCUUACAAGACGGUUGAACUUGAUGACUUUUUGGAUGGUUAUGCAGUUCAACACCGAGAAAUUCAAAAGAGCGAAAGUCAACUGUUCAAGACCUAUUUCAAGACGCUCACAUAUUUGAAAGGAGGAUUUGCCAGCGGAUUUAACCACGUGGAAGAAGAAGAGGUUGUGGUACGUUUAUUGCGUGUGCAUAAACCCAAACAGUUGGAAGGAUCUCGUACACGUAACGCAGUGGUGAUUUCGGAAGUAGACAAGGAUUACACCAGCCUUCAUUCGGGCGCAGUGUUUGUGUUAGACACAGGCGAUAUUAUCUACCAAUGGCAGGGACAAGACGCCAACGGUAUUGAAAGAGCCAAAGCAGCUGAAUUUAUCAGUCAAUUAAUCUCUGAGCGUAAUGGUGCCGGAGAAAUGGUGAUUGUAGAGCAAAACUCCGGAUCAGGUGAACGGGACUUUUUUGAAGCUUUAGGCUCUGAUGGACCUAUUUCAGAUGAAACUGAAGAAGAAGAAGAAGAAGAACAAGUGACGAGCAAAAAGUUAUUACGCCUCAGCAGUUCUGGACCAUUCGGUCUGGGUCACUUGAAAUUUGAAGUGGUGGCUGAAGAAGUCAUCUCUAAGGAUAUGUUUGAUACACACCACGUCUUUGUUUUUGAUGUUGGCCAUCAGGUCUAUACUUGGAUUGGCCGUAAAGCUAGUCGUAAAGAACGUAAAUAUGGUCUUCAAUACGCUCAGGAUUAUGUUAAGGGAUGUUCGGAUCGUUCUGCUUUUACUCCCAUUUGUCAGGUGAUUGAAGGUGGAGAAGAUGAGUUAUUUGAAUCUAGUUUGGAGGGUUGGCAGGGUUGGUAAAUUAGGGUUCUGUUGUAUUUGAACACUUGACAGUCAAAAUAAUAAUAAUAAAAAAAUAAAAAAAUAAAGAACUGCUGAUGUGCACUAUAUUUGUUCAUUC